CCGGGCGGGAGGCGCCAGCAGCGGCCGUCGCCGCGGAGCCAGAUCGCGGGGCGGGGGACAGCGGCGGCAGCGGAGCUCACGGACGCGCGGGGCGGCUUCGAGCGGCUCCUCCGAUGCGGCGCAGCGUGAAGAGGCGGCGGCGCCGGCCCCGGGCCGGCUGGGGCGGCGGCUUCAGGGCGGGAGGAGGGGCCGGGCUGGAGGCGCGGGAGGAGAAGGUGGUGUACUCGCGGUCGCAACUGUCGCUGGCCGACAGCACCAAGGCGCUGGGCGACGCCUUCAAGCUGUUCAUGCCUAGCAGCACGGAGUUCAUGAGCUCCGAGGCGGAGCUCUGGAGCUUCCUCUGCAGCCUCAAGCACCAGUUCUCCCCGCACAUCCUGCGCAGCAAGGACGUCUACGGCUACUCUUCCUGCCGGGCCCUGGUGCCCGACCUCCCGCCGCCCCCCGUCGCCGCCCGCGGCCCGACGCGCCGGCCAGCCCCGCGCGCAGCGGCCAGGAGGAGGCGCCGCGGAGCCCGGGCGGCCGCUGCGGGCAGGAGGAGGCCCCGACCACCGCCGGCCCCCGGGGAGCCGUGCGCCACCAAGCCCGGGACACCCGGACUCUGCUUCGGGGGCCGCACGCUGGAGGAGAUCUGGAGGGCCGCCACCCCGACGCUGACCACCUUCCCCACUAUCCGCGUCGGCGACGACGUGUGGGGCGAGCGCAGCCUGGCGGCGGCGCGGCGCAAAGCGCGCCAAGUCCUGCGAGUGGACCUGGAGCCGGUGGUGAGGCUUCGCCGCUUCCCCGUGCCUCGGGCGUGAGGCGCCGCCCCAGGGCGCCUCCUGCCGGCCGGCCGCCGCCCUGCAGGGGCUCUUCCGCCUGGAGGAAUGAACUAGUGUCAGUCGAGUGUUUACAGAACCGGCCACCCGGUC